AUGACAGUCGAAGAAGUCAAAAACACGGCUUCGGAUGAAAUCUUAGACGCCAAAGACUGCAAAGCCUCAGGAAAAGUCUCGACAACAGAAUCUUCGUCUUCGGGGUCUUGUGAUGGUCCUCGCGCAUAUUCUAAGCAGAUCGAUUCUGCAUUUGAUACGACCGAGGAUCCGCGUUUUUAUAAGCCCAUUCCUGAGUAUGAGGGUAUUCAUCGCUGGGACCCGGAGUUUGAAUGGACGGAAGCUGAAGAGAAAGCUGUUGUGAAGAAGGUUGACUGGCGAGUCUGCACAUUCGCCUGCGUCACAUUCUUCGCCCUCCAGCUAGACAGAGGUAACAUUGUCCAAGCAACAUCAGACAACAUGCUAGACGACCUAGGCAUGAGCACAAACGACUACAACACCGGCCAAACAAUCUUCUACCUAACAUUCCUCUUCGCCGAACUCCCCUCCCAACUUCUGUCCAAAUGGUUCGGUCCCGAUCGCUGGAUUCCUUUCCAAAUGCUAAGCUGGAGUCUGGUCGCUGCAUGCCAGGCUUUCAUCAAGAGCAAGGGUGGUUUCUACGCGACCCGCGCACUACUCGGUCUUUUAGAGGGUGGAUUCAUCGCCGAUACAAUCCUCUUCCUCUCCUUCUGGUACAAAUCAAAAGAACUCCCCAUCCGCCUCAGUUAUUUCUGGGUGACAUACGAAGCGACCUCAAUCGUCAGCGCAUUCCUUGCAUUUGGAUUCCUGCAUAUCCGCAUGUCAGACGGGACCGGUGGCUGGCGAUACCUCUUCGCCCUAGAAGGUCUAAUCACCGGCCUAAUCGGUAUAGUCGCAGCUUUUUGGAUGCCAGCCUCGCCAACCCAAACUGCAGGCCGGUUCCGCGGAAAAGACGGCUGGUUCAACGAGCACGAGGAGAAAAUCAUGGUUAACCGCGUGCUGCGCGAUGACCCCAGCAAGGGAAGCAUGCAUAACCGUCAGCCUGUUACGCCCAAGUUACUCUGGGCCGCUUUGAAGGAUUACGACAUGUGGCCAAUUUAUGUCCUCGGGUUGACGUGGAUGAUCCCCAAUACACCCGCGACAUCGUAUAUCAGUCUGGAAUUGAAGUCGCUUGGUUUCAGUACUUUCCAUACUAAUUUGCUAACAAUCCCUGCCUAUGUGAUCUUUAUUAUCAACUUGUUGGUUUGGACUUGGUUCUCUGAGCGCUUUAAUCAGCGCUUGUUGCUUGGUGUUGGGGCUCAGAUAUGGGCGCUGGCGCUGUUGAUUGCUCUUGAGCUUCUGCCGGAAGAUUCGAGUACUUGGGCGCGGUGGAUUCUGCUAGUUCUUUUGAUUGCGAUGCCUUAUGUGCAUGCGAUCAUUGUUGCGAUCACGUCGCGGAAUGCCGGGUCUGUCAGGACUAGGACGGUUGCCAGUGCUGUUUAUAAUAUGAUGGUUCAGGCGAGUAGUAUCAUUGGUAACAACAUCUACCGUGAAGAUGAUAAACCAAUGUACCGCCGAGGUAACAAGGUUCUCAUUGGUAUCGCUUGUUGGAGUAUGGUUAUGUUUGUUCUUGCCAAGUACUACUAUGUGUGGCGAAACAAGAAAAACGCCGCUGUUUGGGACAACAUGUCCAGCGAAGACCGACAGCAAUACGUCGCCGAAAACAGAGAUCUUGGCAAUAAAAGAGUCGAUUUCACAUUUUUGCACUAG